AAGAGAAAGGAAUCACCACACUACUACAAAUGGAUAAUUGUUUAUUGACAACGAACAUUUGAAAGAUCCAAAUUCGAUUUAUAAACUGCUCUCGCUCUCUCUCUCCAGAUCUAAGAGGUUUCACACUGCCCUCGCUCCUGGAAGAUCCGAUCAUCAUCAAUCAAUCGAUUUAUUCUCUGUUUUUCCUGGUAUUUGGCGCUGACUCUUCUCUUAUCUUCAAGGACCUUUGGAACUUCAACAACAGAGCAAGGAGGAGCUUUCUUUGUUUUUUUAAAGAGUUGGAUGUUGUUAUCUCUGGCAUUCAUUGUAACAAGAUGUUUGGUGGGAAAAGUUACAUACUCAGAGGAAGUGUAUCGUUUGCAUUAGUCAUCCUCAUCCUUUUGAUGCUCACACUCCUCGUUUCUGAGGAAAACCCACUUCGAGCUUCUCUCCUUUAUCUACAACCUCAGUUCUCAGCUUCUCCUCCUCCUCCUCCUCCUCCUCCUCCUUCUCCUCCUUCAGUUUGUAACUUUGCAAAAGGAAAAUGGGUUAAAGACAAGAAGCGACCCUUGUAUUCUGGUUCUGAAUGUAAACAGUGGUUAUCAUCCAUGUGGGCUUGUAGAGUUAUGGGCAGACCCGACUUCUCUUUUGAGGGUUACCGUUGGCAACCACAAGGCUGCAACAUGCCACAGUUCGACAGGUUCUCCUUCUUGACAAGAAUGAAGAACAAGACGAUAGCGUUUAUAGGAGACUCCUUGGGACGGCAACAGUUUCAGUCUCUCAUGUGUAUGGCCACUGGUGGUGAAGACAGCCCAGAGGUUCAAAACGUGGGAUGGGAGUACGGUUUAGUCAAAGCCAAAGGAGCUCUCCGUCCUGAUGGUUGGGCUUAUCGUUUCCCCACCACAAACACAACCAUCUUGUACUAUUGGUCAGCUAGUUUAUCAGAUCUGGUCCCCAUGAACAACUCUGACCCACCACCUCGUCUUACCGCAAUGCAUCUGGACCGUCCACCAGCGUUCAUGAGAAACUACCUUCACCGUUUCGAUGUGUUGGUUCUAAACACAGGUCACCACUGGAACAGAGGCAAGAUCGAAGGCAAUCACUGGGUGAUGCACGUGAACGGAACAAAGGUAGAAGGAGAGUUUCUCAAGGAUAUCAGUCAGGCUAAGGUUUUCACAAUACACAGCGUUGCGAAGUGGCUGGAUGCGCAGCUUCGGUUGCAUCAUCCGCGUCUGAAAGCUUUCUUCAGGACGAUAUCUCCGAGGCAUUUUAGGAACGGAGAUUGGAACACUGGUGGGAACUGUAACAACACGGUGCCUUUGUCUAGAGGAAGCGAGAUCACAGGGGAUGAUGGAUCGGUUGAUGCGACGGUGGAGAGUGCUGUGAAUGGGACGAGGAUCAAGAUUCUUGACAUAACUGCACUCUCUGAGCUGAGAGAUGAAGCUCAUAUCUCAGGGUCUAAACUCAAACCUAGAAAACCUAAAAAGGUGAGGAGUAACGUGACUUCCACGGCUCCGACGGUUAACGAUUGCUUGCAUUGGUGCUUACCUGGGAUUCCAGAUACUUGGAAUGAACUUUUCAUUGCCCAGAUAUAAUAUACAUUAUACUCAAAAGGUAGUUCAGUGGAUUGGCUCUGUCUGUUGAUUCUUUGUUAUAGAGAAAGGUUUUGGUUUUGUUCUUUUACAUUCUUUCUCGGAGAAAAAAAACAAAAGGCUACAGUUGAGUUAGUUUGUCUUUUACAGACAUUUACAAAUGAUUGAUUUAUAUGAUUUAGACAGUUUAUACUUA